GUCAUUAAAAUCAAAAGAAAGAAAACAAUAGUCACUUGUAUUAAUUUCUUGCAAUCAAACCCCGAUCCACACCACUCAUCGGCGCCCUCCAAAACGGUCUUUAUUUUUUAUUAAAAAAAAAAGAGCACAAAAAUAACUCAUUACUGCAUUUUUUUUUUAUAAAAAAAACACGACUUGGUUGCAGAGCGAUCUAUCGGUUGAUCUAAUAAAAGAAAGAGGAAUAAUUGGAUAUUAUGGCGGGAUGAGGAGGAGGAGGAGGAAAUGGCGAGAGGAGUGAAAUGGGGAUGUUCGUACAAGAGAACCACUCUCUUUGUUUGCUCUAUUAACAUUUUUAUUGCUCUUUAUGUUCUUCGCUCUCUAUAUGCUUCCCUUUAUCUCUACUCCAAUAAUGAUUUUAACAGAGUUGUAGUUGUAAAGUACACACCAGAUCAGAUUAGGAAAAUGGAGGAAUCAAUUCGGAUUCGAAGAGCGAAAGAACCUUUAGAGCUUGUUAAAAUUGUGAAGGAACUUAAGGAAGAGUUUAACAGAGAAGAAACGGUGAUUGAAUUGCCAAAAGAGGUUAAGAAUAAAAUAACUGAUGAGAUUCUGGAGAGAUUGAGAAGCUUAAAUGCGAAUGCGAAUAUCAGUGAGCAGAGAAAUGCUGUUGAAAAGUGGCGGAAAGAAAAACUGCAAGAGGUCAAACUGUUGGCCCGUGAAACAGAGGGGCUGACUUCAUCUAUUUUGAAAGAGGAAGCUGGUAUCCUAGUAAGAGCCUUAGAGUCUUAUUGGGCUGUGCUGUCAGAAAAUAUUGGCCUUUGGGUACCAGCUGAAGUAAUUCACCAGGAACACGAUGAUAAGCCUGAGGGUGAAGAAGAGCCUGAGGAAGAAGUUCUACCUGGCAGGCCACUUCCACCUGAAUGCCAUGCUGAGCUUCAUACUGAUUAUGAUGGUGCUGCUGUUAGAUGGGGCCUUACCCACCAUAAGGAAAGUGCAGCUGACUGCUGUCAAGCUUGCCUAGAUCAGGCAAAAUAUGCAAAGCCUGGUGAAAAGAAAUGCAACACAUGGGUCUAUUGCCCAUCAGAGACAGGGUGCUUUUCGCCGGAUAUCUAUCAACAUAAAAAUCAAGAGUGUUGGCUAAAAUAUGCAGAAAAGCCCAAACUGAAUUUCAAGGAUAGGUAUUCCGACUCAUAUAGAGAUUCCCACCCAAAUGCGCCAUUGAUUGUUCCCUGGGUUUCUGGUGUUGUUAGUGCAUGAUAGAAAGUAACAUCCCAAAUAGUUUGAUGUUAAAUUGCUUGAGCUGCGGUCUUUAUCGUCUUGUGACAAUUUUUAGAAGAUGUGAAGCUGCCUCUGCUGAUACCUUCGAUUAGGCACUCCUUGCAUCCAGAUGUGGUGAAUAUUGACUUCAUUUCAUUUGGUUUUUUUGGAAAGAGAGAACGGGCGAGUAGUGUGAUCCCUCGUUUAAUUGCCAGAAGCAUUUUUUUAACACGGGGUGCGGAAGUCCUGGCGCUAAUGAUAUUAAUAUAGUAUCUGGUGCCCAGACUAGGCAGCCUCUUUUACAGUUAGACAUCAAGAACUUUCUUUAUGGAUUAGCCUGAGAAGAUUGGUUCGGUUCCUUGUAAAAGCGAUGAAAAAUUAAUUUGUUGAAAUGGUAUGCAAAUUUGUAAUCAUCGCAUGCUAUUGAAUUUCUUCAUGGGAAUUAAGAGUUUGUUCUUUGGACUA